AUGAACCCCGCGGGCCUUGCAUGCGAGGUCCCAGGCUUCUCGGGGCUCAGGGCCUCAAAGGGCCUAAUACGUUCAGAUCGCGACCCAGAGGUCAAACAGUUGAAGGAGGCGCUCAGGAAGAAGGACCGCGUCCUGAGGCGCGUCGCGGGAACCUUGCACAGGGUUGCCGCGCGGCUGGUCGCGAGCACAGAGAAGGAGCGCAAGCAGCAGGCCAAGCGCUCCCAGCCUGACUCCCAGCUGAGCUUGGCCAGUGUGAUGCGUGACAAAGAGGACAUGUGGGCCAGAGAUGCGGCGAUCGCCGCUGCGUGCCCGCCAGCGAUGGCCAUGGAGGCGUACCGCAUCGCCAGGGCGCAGCGCAGCGCUCCCACCCCAUCAACGUACAUCCUGAAGGGCAAGCGCACCAAGGAGAGCAAGAAGCAGGCCAAGCAGACCGCGGACACUAAGAUCCGCCAGAGCGUACCCACCAAGAAGAUCACGGCCAAGCAGAUCACGCGUGUCAUGAACAAGAGCAAGGACCCCAACUACAAGAACAGUGGCAUCGGCUCCGAGGAUGCCGCGGCUGCGUGGUACGCCUCGAAGCAGCACCCGGCGCAGGCGGUGAUGACGCCCGGGCAGGUCGUCUCGGUGUGGGGUGCGACCCCAUCGAAGGAGGACCGCUACACGCCCUUCUUCUCCCAGAAGAGCAUCUGCUUCGACGGCGACUUCAGCAGGAUGAGGCACCGCGUGGGCGUGAUGAGCCACCGGGGGCACAAGCCGGAGUCGCCCAACCAG